CAUGUUGACGUUUCAAAAUCAGAUGAAGUACUUCCGGGUUGCAGUAUGCACGCAUGAUUCCAAUACAUGUGCCUAUGAUUGUAAGAUCAUAAGCUGGAAUCAUACGCUAUGAGUUCUCAAAAAGGUAAUGUUUCUCGUUCGCGUAGUCAAAAACAUCAAAAUGCAACUGCCUUCAAAAAUGACAAGUAUGGAGCUACAGUCCAAGUGAAGAAAGCGAAAUCAAAGGUUCACGACGGCCUUUGCCAGCACUGUAAAGAUGUUCUUGAAUGGAAGGUCAAAUACAACAAAUACAAAGUUCUAACACAGCCUCGCAAAUGUGUUAAAUGUUCUCAGAAGAAUAUAAAGGAUGCUUAUCACGUCAUCUGCAAACCCUGCUCUCUUCAGCUAGAGAUCUGCUGCAAAUGUGGCAAGAAGGAAGAAAUUGUUAUUCCAGUGAAUUCCAAUCUGGACAAUAAAGAAGAGGAAGAAGAAGAAGGUAACUGUAAAAAGAAAAAGAGCCGACAACAGAAGAGAGAUGAGCUGAACAGUGAGGAAGAAGAUGAUGACUUUGAUUUUGGAGAUGAUGAAUGCAGUGAGGAAGACUUUGAUAGAGACUCAGAUUUAAAGAAAAUGAAGGACAAAACUUGCCUUCCAGAUGUCUCUAAAAUAUAUAUAAAAGACGGAACUGACUGAUAAAUUGAUUAAGAUUUGGUUUGUUUAACCAAUAUUUGUUUGGUGAAACAACUGGGAUACCAUAGUUUAUGUAAUAAUUAUUGUUUGAUAUAUGGAUCCUAGGAGUUAUGAAAUGGAUGGUGCAUCAUUCAUGGGUAGUGUUCAUGCCUCACAGCAAGAAGGUCAUGGCCUGGUCAUGAGUCUCAAGACUUCCUGUGCAGGGUUUUCAUUUUUCACCCUAUGUCUGAGUGGGUUUCCUUUAGGUUUCUCCCCAUCAACCCAAAGACCUAUACAAUAGGUAAAAUCCUAUGUGACCAAUCCUGACCGAACCUAGAUUUACAUCUGGGGGAUGUAUUCCCAGUGCUUCUGACAGGUUACCCCAGCUGCAUCGAACAAUGGGUCCAAUGGAGGGGAUAGUAACAUAUACCUUAUUGCAGUUUUUUUCUUAACAAUAUUUAGUAUCUUGUUUAAUUUAUCAGUCCUCUAGAUGGCACUAUAGUCAACUAGAUGCCCUCAUUCUGUUUGCCUGAUCAUUUAUGGAAUUUUUUUACAUCACAAGUUAUUUUACUUUUAUGACACUGAAAAUAGUAUAUGUAAUGUAUCAGCUAUUAUUAUGUUUGUACACAAUAUUGUUUUGACAUUAAAGGUGCAUUGUGGGGGUUUUUUGGUGGA